CCUACAUUUUAGGAUUUUUGAAAGUUUUUGACAUAAGUCACAUAAUCAUUAUUGGGUAAUAUAGAACAUGUAAAUGUUUAGUAUAGGGAAUAUUUGCCACCUUUUAUGUGGAUGGCCAGUCAGUGUUGAUGGUAAAUGUACUCAAGAAAUUCAGUGCGCUUUAUUAUGACUGAGAAAGCUGAGUUCGCCACCUCGCGGAGCCAUGCGGGCUCAUGUAUGCGUUCAUGUACCAGGAUGCAUUUUGAAAAACAUUGCAAAAACCUUGUCCAUAACAUCACUCAGAUUUUUGGGACGCCACUUUCGCUGUUGGAAAUGCAGCUAGUUUGCCAUACAAGUGAAGAAAUGGGCAUCUAGAGGCGGAGACUAAUAAUCCGAGCUGAAAUAGCAGCCUGUAGUGCUUCUUCCAUCCGACUACAUCACUGUCACGUCAAAUAAAGGUGCCUGAUGCAGGAAGAACAUCAUGUUUUGCAGCUGCGAUAUCGCCUCACUAGGACACACUGAGGAAUUUAUUGCUACAAUUGACUACAUUUAUCAUGAACACUGAUUGGACAUCACACAAAUGGUGGCACAUUUUCCUUUUAGGUUGAAAAUAACUCAACAUUAAUGUCACGUGACUUAAUUUUAAACGCAGCUCCCCGUCUAAUAAACACCUGGAAGUAGUGCCAGCAGAUAGGCAACGAUUCAAACAUUAUAAAUGCUAACUCGUGUAUGUUAGUUUGACAGCUGUUGGAAGAAGACACUUGUUUGGUUGGAGAUUUACCAGAAAAGGGGUUUCAAUUAACGCUUUUUUAACCGUGCAAAUUGUCCUUCCAUUCUCGUGGCAUUUAUACACUUGAAUGUGUAUUUAAUGUACUAGCUUGACCAGGUAAGUCUCUUCAGCGGCCGCCUCUUAUCCCAGUCCCUGACUGAGCGCAUCCCCUGCUGUGGCUUUCUUGUUAAACUCAAGUUGCCUUACCUGCAGUCCUACAGCAUUAUUGUUUGUCAAAGUUGUAAAUAUAGUCUCUGCCAUCUUUAACACCCUAAAAUGACUGUUUAUUGUAUUUUGCUAAUACCCAAUAUGUAUUCAACACAAGGCCAUUGGCGAUGUUCAGUGUAGCGGCCCUUCACAGCUUAUCAGAUGUCUUUCUUUUGAGUUUUUCCCUGCAGUGGUUGUGCUCCUACAUUGAUUGUUCCCCUGCUGGCUCAGUGGUGCCUGGGCUUUAUGAAGGAAUGCACAUUCAGUGUCAAUUUAAGGGUGAGUGAUUGACUGAAAACAGAUUACACACUUCCUAAAAUGAAUCUGUUCUGGAGCAGCUCCCUGGCUCUGGAGUCAUUUUCAUGUGAAGCGGUGAGCUCGGUCAAAACACUGCAACGGCCCGUCAUCUGGACCUUAAGGCUGUGAGGCAGAAAUCGGUGUUGUUGGUGAAUGUGCACCAGCUGACUGAGGUGACCCUUGCAGCGCCAAACUGAGACUUUGCAGGGGAUGGAGAGGCUUAGUCAAUUAAAUCCAGUAGGCUGCAGUCUGACGGCACACACAGUACAAGGUUCAGGCUGACUGACGAAAAUAAGGACGAGAACUUGCAAAGUGACUGGACCCUGAAGACAACAGGUGAACAGCCAUGAUUUCCUUUGUGGACAUUUUAAAUAUCUGCAGGAGGCAUACAGCUCUAGAUUUAAUUGAAUUUUAGUUUGAAUGUGUCCAAUUUGUGGGGAAAGUUCUGCUGUCCAGCCUUUUCUUUAUAAAGUGAUGACAUUUGUUUUGUGUGCAUCUUCAUGCUCUCUGUAUCCCGUGUGCAGAGUUUUGAGUUUGUGCUUUUCAGACUUUGUAGAAUUAAAAAUGAAAUGUAUGUUAUUAAUGUGUUUAUCCGUCACAUACAGUUUGACUGUUUAUCUCCAGGUACACUGAAAGGUAGAAUCCCUUUUUUAAUCAAGAAAUGUAUACUAAAAAAACUGAUAAUAGUACUUUGGGAAUAGUUUUUUGAGGAGCGAGUAGUUUUGUUUUUUCUUAAUGUAGUUUUGUCUGGGUCCAUACCCGGAUAAGGUAAGAUGUUAUUACGUGUUAAAUGUUUUCCACAUUAUAAUAAUAAUAAUAAUACAUUUUAUUUGUAUUGUCCCUGCAGUGUAAAAGUCCAAAUGCAAUUGACUGUCGAAAUGCCAAAUGUGUUGUCUGGUUACUGUCUGUGUUCAAGUUCAAAGAAGGCUUAACCUCAUCAGUCAGGUUGCUCCACAACAGGCAAGUCCUCUGAUACUUUGGUUCCCCAAUAAUUCAGGUAUCGACCAUGUUUUUAUUUGGCAUAAUUAAGUCAUGAAAUCUACUGUGAUCUUGCAGGCGAAGCCCCCUCAAUUACUCCUGUUUACAUACUUUGAGUGCACAACGUUUUCUCUUGGUAAUCCAGGUCACUCGAGGCUAAUGAAAGGACAGUUUACCCGUGCACUUUCAAUGGGACUUUCAUCCUACUUGGGUGAUGGCUAAUCUUUGCAGAUGUGCAUUGUCGUUCACAAUAACAUGAAUUACUUCAUUUCAAGCAGUAAUGUCAUGCACAGACCACAGUUGGAGAGUGCCUCUUGUAUUGUGAUAUCUACAAUUUGCAGCAUAAAUAAAUGUGCUACAAAUUCAGUGGCAGCAACAUCAUACAUAAUUCAGAUUGUUGCCUGUUAUUACUAAACAGUGGCAAUAAUAUAGCCAUAUUAAUGGGAACUAAGGAUUAUAUAAUACACUGCAUUUAUUCAGAGAGAAAUUGAACUACUACUUCCACUGAUUAUGACAGAGGUGUGUGUGUGUGUAUAUGUCAUUUAUUAGAUGCAAGGUUAAUGUUCAUCUGUAGUUGAGGUGCAGCAGAUGGCGGCAGCGUUAAGGGAUUACAGUAACUCCUUUUACAGUCUGCAGUCAGUCAGACAAGUUAGGCAUCCGAUUAUAGUCCUCCGUCCUCCAUUUGGCGAGGAGGGUGGGGGGAGAGGACAGGAGCCUGAGCAGCUGACCGGAUACCUGCCUCGGUUGUCUGCACCGAUAGUAACUGGGAGGUGGAUUUGGAUGCGGGGGUUACGCAGCUCUGUGUGAAAACACCUUAGGUAGCCGUUCACUUUGUCAUGCUGAUUACAUGUUGGUAUUUAUACCUCGCAGCUCGGAGCCUCACCAAACAAUGCAAGUAUUGCUCCUGUUUUUGUAUCUGUCCGCUUGUCAUUUCAAGGUGAACUCUGCAUCGAGAUAAUGGGACAAAGCUCUGUCGGUGUGUUUUCUCUUCUCUGUAAUUGAUCUAGAUGUCAGAAGUCACGCUUCCAUUAGUGCUAGUGAGAUAAAUGUCGGGCUUCAUUUUUAAUCCCUCCACACUCCAAAUAUAAACUGCGAUGUCCUGAAUGCAGUAUUCAUGAAGUUUGAGCACGCAGCUUUUAAAUGCAGGACUGUUUCCCUCAACAUGUUUUCUGACCAGGAACACUCCUUCUCUUCCUCCCCGUCUUAAUUUUACUCUCAUCAGCACUCAACAUGGCCUCAAUUCUGCAGAAGCUGAUCACCCCGCUGUUCAGUGGUCCUCCUGAGCCCCCCAGGAAUAAAGUGACAGUGGUGGGCGUGGGCCAGGUUGGCAUGGCCUGUGCUAUCAGCAUCCUGCUCAGGGAGCUGGCUGAUGAACUGGCCCUGGUGGACGUGAUGGAGGACAAGCUGAAGGGAGAGAUGAUGGACCUGCAGCACGGCAGCCUCUUCCUCAAAACCGCCAAAAUAGUCGCAAACAAAGACUACUCCGUGUCAGCUAACUCCCGCAUCGUGGUGGUGACAGCUGGAGUCCGUCAGCAGGAAGGAGAGAGCAGGCUGAACCUCGUCCAGCGAAAUGUCAACAUCUUCAAACACAUUAUCCCUCAGAUCAUCAGAUACAGCCCCGACUGCACCAUCAUCGUGGUUUCCAACCCAGUCGAUGUGCUGACUUACGUAACCUGGAAACUGAGCGGCCUUCCCCAGCACCGCGUCAUCGGCAGUGGCACCAACUUGGAUUCGGCGCGCUUUCGCUUCCUGAUGGCCGACAAACUGGGAAUCCACCCCAGCAGCUUCAACGGCUGGAUCCUGGGAGAGCAUGGGGACACCAGCGUGCCCGUGUGGAGCGGAACCAACGUGGCGGGAGUCAACCUGCAGACGUUAAACCCGGACAUCGGCACUGACUGUGACGAAGAGAACUGGAUGGAAACGCACAAGAUGGUGGUGGACAGUGCCUACGAGGUGAUCAAACUGAAGGGUUACACCAACUGGGCCAUCGGGCUGAGUGUCGCUGACCUGACGGAAAGCAUCAUCAGGAACAUGAAACGGAUUCAUCCCGUUUCCACCAUGGUGAAGGGCAUGUAUGGGAUCAAUGACGAGGUGUUUCUGAGUCUGCCCUGCGUGCUGAACAGCGGAGGUGUGGCCAGCGUGGUCAACAUGACCCUGACCACUGACGAGGUGGCCCAGCUGCAGGCCAGUGCCGACACACUGUGGGACAUCCAGAAGGACCUGCAGGACGUCUAAUUGAACAGCAGGGGGCAAUGUAGCCCUCCCCUCCUGACGUAUAAUCACUCUGCAGACACUAACCGACACACAGCGUCAACUUCCACACCUCCAACCCACAGCCCUCUGUAGAUUCACAGGCCUACGGGAGUUUGAUCCCAUCAGAUUUAGCUGUAGGACUCAGUUUGACAUUCACAUGCGAGUGAAAUGCUGCUCUGACUCAUUUGCCCUCGGCUGUGUGGGACCGUGUGUGUCACUCAUGUUGCUUUGGUGUGUAAUAAAGCAAGUUUGUUGUUGCUUGA